ACGGAUGACCUCCCUAUGGUCGCGUUCGAACUGCUUCGCAGGGAUAAAUGUACACUUGGCGUCGGCUACGAAGCUUUUAGCGACGCCAGAACGAAACUGCCGCUCGUCAACAAUCGUCGUCGCGUCUCAUCGUGCAUCUUCCAAGACCGCGAGAUUCAUAUGCCUGCUGCUCGAUCCAAGAUCGAACAGCGUCUCAACGGAGGAGCGACGCUCCAUCAUCGGGGGAUGAAAGGACUCAUAAUGCACGCUUGGAUUUUUUUUGGCUUACUCUCCCUGGUCUCUGGCCAGCUAGACCUACCCUCUCUGAACGACGACUCCCGAAACAAUCUCGGGAGAGGUAUUCCACCUACCGAAGCACAGCUACAAGAUAUUUUAGCCAGAUUAGAUUUCCUUGGUACCGAAAGAUGUAACGCCAAUGUGGCGGCGCAGUGGGCCUACGAAACCGACGUGAGCGAAUACACGCAGCUGCAGGCGCUGGAAGCUCAGAGAAUAUACGCAGACUUUCAAAAUCAAGCCUGGUUCUUGAUUUCGAAGAUCGAUAAGGAUAACAUUAGAGAUCCCGUAGUCAGAAGACGUCUUAGAUAUUUAUCUGUGGUUGGACCAUCGGCGUUACCACCGGAUCAGUUGGACAGAUACAAUAGCGUGAUCAACGAUAUGCUGGCAGUGUAUAACGAUGCUAGCAUUUGCGCGUACAACGAUCCCUUCCGGUGCGGGCUGCGGCUGUAUCCAGAUAUAUCGCAGAUCAUGGCGAAAAGCCGCAAUUGGGACGAGUUGCAGUAUGUCUGGGCAGAAUGGAGAAGACGAAGUGGGAUGAGGAUCAAGGACCUCUAUCAACAACUCGUCACGUUAAACAAUGAAGCUGCUAGAUUGAAUAAUUUCACUGAUGCAGCCGAAUAUUGGAUGUUCCCCUAUGAAUCUCCAAACCUACAACAAGACAUCGAUGAAGUAUGGGAAAUGAUACGUCCUCUUUACGAAGAAUUACACGCGUACGUUCGAAGAAAAUUGAGGGACCUGUAUGGACCUGAAAAGAUCGGCACUCAUGCUCCUCUUCCAGCUCAUAUUCUUGGUAAUAUUUGGGCACAAUCGUGGACCAACAUCAUCGAUAUCACGGUACCGUAUCCAGGGAAAAAUUAUCUGGACGUGACGCAGGAAAUGCAGGCCCAGGGUUACACGCCUAUCGAGAUGUUCAGGAUCGCGGAGGAAUUUUAUCUGUCCCUCAACCUGAGCGCCAUGCCUCCUGAAUUCUGGGCUGGUAGCAUAAUCGCGGACCCUGGAAAUCGACCUUUAAUUUGCCAGGCUUCUGCUUGGGACUUUUGCAAUCGUUUAGAUUACAGAAUCAAGAUGUGUACUAAGGUUACCAUGAAAGAUCUAAUCACAGUACAUCACGAAAUGGCUCACAUUCAAUACUUCUUACGUUACAGCGGAUUGGCUCGAGAAUUCAGAGACGGCGCCAAUCCAGGAUUCCACGAAACAGUGGGUGAAGCCGUUGCCCUCAGUGUCGCCACUCCUCGUCAUCUACAAACCCUCGGUUUGGGUACCAAGUUUAUCGAUGAACCUACAGCGGAUAUUAAUUACCUGUUCUCUUUGGCGAUGGACAAAUUGGUGAUAUUGCCAUUCAGCAUUGCGAUGGAGAGAUGGCGGUGGGACAUCUUCCGCGGUUACAUCACUAAGGAAGACUACAAUUGUCAUUGGCAUCGAUUGAUGGAACAAUACGCUGGAAUCAAGCCGCCUGUUUUGAGAACUGAGGAUGACUUCGACCCUGGCGCCAAAUAUCACAUUCCUGCGAACAUCCCUUACAUUCGGAACUUUGUGGCAGGAGUCCUUCAAUUUCAACUCUAUCGCGCGUUGUGCGAAGCGGCUGGACAGAGGAACGUAGACGAUCCCAGGAGACCUCUGCACAGAUGCGACUUCUACAGAAGCCCGGAAGCUGGUAGGAUCUUGGGGAAAAUUAUGGAGAGAGGCUCGUCGGUACCGUGGCAAGAGACGCUUCGAGAAGCUAUAGGGGACGACAAAUUGGACGCGUCUGCGCUCAGAGAGUACUUCAGGCCUCUCGAAGACUGGCUGAGAACGGAAAACCUGAGAACCGGGGACAUCGUCGGCUGGUCUUACGACGGAGAUUACUGCAAGCGCAGCAUCGAGACUGCUGGUCUGCAGGUCUACGGAAGCGGAUUCUACAACGAAGCCACAAGAACGCGUGUGACGACAAUUUUACCAGCGAUUCUCUUAACAAUUUCGAUACUUCGUUAAUAAAGAAGAAAUUUAGUGGAACAGCGAGCCAGAUGUUCAAGCAUUCUUUAGGAUAUUUUUUAGCAGAGACGAUCAAUGUUUCUCGAUCUGUCAAGCAAUCGAAAACCAAACAAAUGACCAAAAUGUUUCUAGAUAAUUGUUUUCGUAUGAUAGUAUAAAGUAUAUGCUCGAUCGUGAACGAGCGUUUUUUUACAUAAAAUAAGACGCGUCGAAUUGGAAACGUCGCGUGUACCCAGUAAUUAUUGUUAUUGUUGUAAGUAUUCACUACUAAUUUAAUAGCGAUCCGCAACGUGGCAAUGGUACGCGCGUGCAAUUAAGCUCGCGUGCGAGCAGCACUCGUGUGAGCGCAUAAAUCGUUUCAGCAUGUCGAGGGCCACUCUCGUGUCGCGUACCUUGAAACGUCUCGGUCCCGACGUUUAAUAAAGACAAAGAGAUUUACGUCCUCCAUCGUUAAACGGUGCCAGCGCGCUUUCCAGACAGACACGAGUCGUGCUUUUCUUCUCUAGAACUUCAGCUUAGUCGUAGACCCACCACGAUAGUGGCCACGAUCAAUUCGUAAAAUAUCGUUUGAAAUUUUAUAAACUCGCAACGAUACAUUCUUGGCAAUUUCUUACAAUCUCUUAGAAAGUACGAACUUGCUUUUUCCUCUGUAUUGGAUAUCUUUUUUCAUAUUCGCUGGAAACUUUAACAAAACGUCGAUCAAUGAAAUUAUCGUUUAGUAGAAAAUUUAGAAACGAACGCUUGGACUUUACUCAAAGAUCAUUUUGGUAUAGAUAAUCAAAAUUCUACCAUACUUUUCAUUUUGGCUUUUUCGAUGCAUAUUUUACGCCCCAGUUAUCGGUAAUUCUAAUAUUAACUCGACUAUACCUAGUUGUAAAUAUAUGUACCUACGUAUAUAAAUCGUUCACAGCUCUGUAGAUCGUGGAAUAUCGUGAGAAACAGAAUUAACGAAAAAAUAAGCUCGUUUCGUAAUUGCCUUCGCGACACGGUUCGUAAGCCACGUCUCAGACAAUUCCACAAUCGUGUAUCGUAAUUGGAAGAUAUUUCGAUCGCAAAUGGGAACGAGCUCGGCCCGUAACGAUCGUACGAAUUAUAUCGUUCGCUCGGUAUCUUUGCAAUUUUCAUGAGGAGAAAAUCAAUAUUCCGUAGUAUUAUUGGUAUAUGCAUUUUGUACCAUUAAACGUCAACCGUACCGUUAGAGCGAAUUAUUUUUACCAUAAUAUAUUCUCGUAGGAGAAACUGAAACGUGUAAACACGGAAAUCGAAAUGAACAAAGAUUGAAAUAAAUUUUUAGCGCUAAGUAUUUCCAGGUCUAUAGCGAUAAUUAAGCUGCAGACUUUACACCUUUAUGGGUGAUUUAAACAUGCAAAAAUCUUUAAUAGAUAAUUUGAACACGUAUAAACGAUUAUUGAUAUGCAUUAAUAAAUAGAAAUUAAUUAAUUAAUUAAUUAAUAGCAGUCUAGUAACGAUGAUAGUAAUAACGUGAUAAUGGCAAUGCCGCAUUUGAAAUUCAAGAUUUCAAACCACAAAGAAGAUACUUUUUUUUAUUGUUCACCAGUCCACAAAGGGAGCCUGCUGUCCGCAACCCAUUAUUCCCAACUUUCGUGGCUCUCACAGGAGUAGAAACGAGCCUCGACCAUCGAAUAAAAACCGUUUGACGGCGAAGAACCGAAAUUGGUUUCUCGGGUUACGUAAUUAAAGGAUCGCAUAUCCAUUCGCUGUAUCGCGGAUAAUCGCGUUAUUACGAAACCCAUAAAAAUUGUAAUUCCAUGUGGCACGUCUUUGUUUAACGAAUCCCUUUGUUUCAGUCUCCGAGUAGAUCUCAAAAUCGCUAUUGUACACACUUGUAUAUUCUCUUAAUCUGCCUUGAUAAUCUUUUCAUUUCUCUCAUCUAUGAUUUCAACUCUUAGAUUAAAUAUUGCAACAUAAAUCGUGUAUAAUUUUAAUCAAGAACGUCGGCCUCUAACAGGUAAUCCAAUGAUUUGUGAAAUUUAACAAAGAUACCGGUCUCUUCCUGGAUCUUUGCUUGAUACGUGCAGGACCGACAGCUUUCACGAGAACCGCAAUAGGAGACGUUAUUGUUCUUACAGGGACAGCUGUUCAGACAUAAUUACACAAAGGUGGUUUGUCCAGAAACUGGUUCACCCACUUGCGUAACGCGAAGAUGCGGAAACCGAGUUCGAAAGAGCCGACGCUCGAUUGCGGCAUCAAACGUGCCCCGAUGCUUUUAUUCCACUCGUCUUGAACGUGUCUAGAUCUUAUCAUCUACACCUUUCGAUGCGUCUCGAAUGUUACUACGAUCGACACCGUCUUAACGUUCAAGUACAAUUAUACCUACGGUAGGUGAUAACGUUUCGAUUAAUCUGUCCUGUGACGGUGGCUAACCAUUGUUAUUACACCUAACGAGAAAGCGAAAUCGAAAUGGAAACGAUAUUUCCUCACACAUUUCUAUAAAUUAUUUCUAUAAAUUAUUUACGAUCGGGCGAUUCGCAGAAAUUCGUUAGAUUUCUCCCCUAACUUGCUUAUACGCAAUAGAGAAAAUCACAUAAAAUAAUCAUCCUACAAGAAGAAUAGUAAAUCAAAAGUUUACGAUUCGUAACAAGUUAGCGUUCCUUUUGAACUGCAGAUAUUUAUGCAAAUUCGUAUUUAUACGAACAUAAUAGACAGAAUAGGUAGAACACUGUAUAAUCCAUAUAAACUUUCUAACAACGUGACACUAAUCCUGUGGAAUUUUUAUAUUGAAUCAUUGAUUAGCGGCGAUCGACCGACCAACCAUCGUAUCUUCGUAUCAUUAUAAAUCGCCAGUGUAAAUUUGCUCGGAUCGACGAUGAUCAGAAGCGAAUUUAUCCAGACCGUUCAAAGCCUGGAGCGUUUCUCAGCGCCGGUAGACUUGGAGAUAAAAAAGGAAAAGAAAAAUUGGGACAGAGAAUGAGAUACGAGAGGAGAAGUCACGCCCCGGUCGUCAAUCUCGAUUCAAGCACGGAUUUCGUGGCCUCGGGCCAUGACACACAGGGUUAAGAGGUCGUUUUUCUCCGAUCGAGCCGCAGGACAGCCAGUGAUCCGAGAACCGAUCCGAUCGGCCGCCCCUUUCGCUUUCGACUUCAUCCGUUGCUUGUGUGUCUGCUGGCCAAAAACUUGUCCGUCCGGUUGCGUAAUCUGAAGACCGGGAAGUCUUAUCUUUCCGCGAAAUGUCUGCACAAUGACUCGGCGAAUGCCUCUCGUCCACUUUCACCGUCGCGUCGUCCACGCACGCACGACCUCCAAUACACACGCCUUUGAAAUUCGUUCGAGAAAACACCGUGAAAAUUCCACGACCUCGAUUCGUUGACAGGUACAUACGUUUGUGGUAUGGUUUUUUUUUAUGAUGUAAGGAGGAUUACGGCGGAAGGUCGUAGUCGAAAAAGCUCGAAGAAUGGAUAAUCCAGAUGAAGACAUUUUUUUCAAGGUCACUGAUUUUCAGGUUUCAAGGACACGAUUCACUUAGUAGCUUGUUACUUAUGUAAUGGCAUCUCUUACAUAAGAUUUUCGUAUAUGCGAUUCAAUGCAUUUUCUCAGAGAUUAAUUAACUUUAUUGUUCUAGUUUUAUGAAUAGACUAGAAAAUUAAAAUGUAUAUGUUAAUAAUUUAAUAAGUCUAAAAUUAAAAUUUAAUAAUUUAAUAAUUCUUGAAAUGGGACCAUUACAGUUUCUUGUGAAAUAAUUUAUACGUUAAAAGAUUCUUUCUAGGUGGUUUUCUCCAAAUAAUAAAUUUGUUUCCAACAAGUUCCACAUCAAAACUUGCAUACCUAUGUGAUUGUUCAUAAUGACGAAGAAACAAAUUUUUGAUAUUUUUAAAAUCGAACAUGUUAUACGUUAUUUAUAGCAAAUGUAUUCUUUGAUAUAAUCGAUGAUUAGCCGUGAAACGAAAUUUAGUACUAAUACUAUCUAGAAUAAUUUGGCAGAGAACUUUGUAUAAUGUUUAUCAUGAGAUCGCAGAACGAAUGGCGCCAGAGAAAAUGAGACGGGUGGUCAACGAUACUCGAGACUAAUAUCUGGUUAGAUCGUAAUGAGCGUAAUUACUAUUAACGGAGAACAAUGCCUCUCUUGCGCAAUUCAGAAGGUGAAACGGAGCACAAUGUCACUAGCUUGUGCAACUAUCUUAAACCUGCAAUCCACUGCUCUUUAUUCGAUUAAUUUCCGUCAAUCUUCUGAAUGAAGCACUCGGUGUGUUUAGAAGAAGAAAUCAUUGCUAUUCAAUUUGCUUCAGACUAAUGAAUUCCAUUCGAAAGUAGCAAAGAACCAGGUAUCCAUCAGAUUGGAUCUCAUGAAUGAGAGCACCAUGAACUUACGUAAGAUGGUAAAUUGAAGAUCGUUUUUCUACGACUA